AUGUCGAAGAGAGUGAUCUGUUUUACUUCAAAAAAAGUUGCCAUGUCGACAUUAGAUCAAAAAAUAACAUCAAUUUAUGAAGAUGAAGAAUUAGUGUUUAACAAGAAUAAUCAAUCAAGACAAAGACAUCAAAUUCUAGUAAGCAUCGACAAAAACAAUAUAACAGAAGAUGAUGAAGAUUCCGACGACGAAGCGAUUUGUGUAGACGAGGUUGACAUUCCAGCUUGUGGUGAAAAGGCAGAUGUAGUAGUGAAACAAAUUAAUGCAAGUGAUACAGUUUUACCAAAUUAUAUCGAUAAACAAAUAUGUGUUAUCCAAUCAUAUGUGGUAAUCGAAUCGAUUUAUGGAGGACUGUACAGUUUGUGUUUAAAUUGUCACUACUACCAUGGUCUGGAAGUGCCUCUAGGAAAACACAAAUUCGUCAACACGCACUAUCAAAGAAAAUUUUAUUGUUGUGAAAAAGACGAUCUAUGCUGCGCAACAUUAACCAUGGCUUUUGUAUGCACACAUUGCUUGAAAGAGUUUAAGCAGAAAAGAUACAUUAAAAAACACAUUUUGAAAACGUGUGUAAAACCGAAUGAUCCCUCAAAAGUAGAAGAUUACAUAAUUGAUGUCGAGCAAACUUUUUUUAAAAAAGAACAAACUCGUUUUUGUCAAGAGUGCAAUAAAAAUGUCGAUAAACAAACCUGGAAUGCACAUUUGAAGACAAAUCUUCAUAAAAAUAAUAGCACUAUUAAAUAUGGUAAUGGAAUUGAUAUGAUUAGAAGUGCAUUUAAAUGUCGUAUAGCUUCGUACAAAAUAUAUUCCCAAAAAUAUCACGUGGAUAUCAAAUACUUUUUGAAUGAAGCAAGAGAGAAUAUUUUUUUGCUUAUACGACAGAAGCAGCAAGAACACCAAUCUAUAAAAGUCAAUGCCGAGUUGUUUGGUGUAUACUUUUCCCCAACGUUAAAAAAUAUGUCGGUUAAAUCUUUCAAUACGCCAUUUUUCAUUGUUGUUGAAUCAACAAAUCUAGACGAAAUUUAUGAGAGUCUUGCAAAAAUCAUUUUAUCUAAAGCAGAUGAAUUACCAGAAAGGGAUUCGGGAUGGAUCCUACAAAAAAUUCUCCAUUUGGAAUUAAAUAUCAACAAACACAACCCACUGAGUGCAUCAUCAUAUAUCGCAAUUCCAUACUACAAAUCAAAGUGUCUGAUCAAUAUUCGGAAUACAGACAAUUGUUGUUUUGCCUGGGCGAUGGUUUCUGCAGUGUAAGACGAUAACAUGGUGAUUAUGAAAGAUUCAGUUCCCGAAGAUUACUUAACCUAUAAAAAUUUCGAACAACGAAUAUUAAGUUUCAAAAAUUGGAAAGGCAAAUUAAGCCCUGUGCAAUUGGCAAAGGCUGGAUUUUAUUAUACUCAAGUUUCGGAUAUUUGUCAGUGCCCCUAUUGUAAAAUUCAAGCAUACAACUGGGAAGUCAAUGAUUCACCAUUGGAAGAACACUUGAUAUAUUGCAAAAACUGCCCCUAUGCUCAAUGUGUAAGUGAAUCCCUAAGAUUGAAGAAUAUUCAAGAUAAAAAUGUGAAAACCGCAGUGAAAUUUGAAAAACACAUUAUUAUCUAUUUCUUCGCAGUUCUGGCAUUGAACUUGUGUUAUUUAUUGACCUAA